AAAACCCCAGAAGAAGAAGAAAAGGAGGAGUCUGUGAGUUCAGUCAGUGCACACUGCACAAGGAGCCAUGGCAGAAACAAGUCUGGGUGGUUUAGGUGCGGUGAGGACAAUCCUACAAAGUGCAGUGGCAGGUUUUGCUUUUGGAGAAGCUGCAUUAUUUGCAGUUGAACCCACACUGACUCAAGAUGGCGUCCUGCUGACUGCUGCGACUCUGGCUGCUGGACGAGCCGGUUCCACGGGUGUCGGUGUAGUGACGGCAUGCCUCGUGUUCACGUCGGUUCUCAUUUCUCUGGGAAGUGGAUUCCUCCUCGCUGCCAUGGUGAUGAAGCUGUGUACCAAUGUUGGAGUGAGGCUGCCGUGGUUAGUGGAGGCCACAACAGGAGCCUCUGUUGCGGUGGGUGCUGUGACUACUGGAGUGUUAGCGGGCAUUCUUCCACCGUGGAUCUACCUCGCAGCGCAAGGCAUUCUCGUCCUUAUAGCAUACUCAUACUCCAAUAUCAACGACAUGACCACAGCUCUGUUAAUCAUCUUCACCACUCUCUAUGUCAGUGUCGUAUAUGGAAGAAUGGGCGCCUUGGUUGGACUCUUUGUCAUGGGGUUAACCAUCUCUGUGCUUUGUGCCCUUCGAAAGGCUCUAACGGAGAGGAUGACACAAAGACCAAAAUCUAAAACCGGGUGCCGACUUCUGGAGAGGAUAUUCUUCUACUCUGUUUUUGUGGGGAUAAUGGGAUUUUCAGUAGGUUUAGGGGCAGGUGAAGCAGAUGAAGGGUCUGAGGCAGAGGUGUAUUUGAUGCUGCAGUCAGUCCUCUGGGUGGCAUUUCUGUCUGCAGGGCUGCUAGGAGCUGGCCUUGGAACAGUGUCCAUGGUUGGUCUGGGGCCAGAGGUGGCUGGAAAGGUCGCAAUGGGAGCUGCUAUAAUAUCAUCAGUUGCCCUGAGAGCCAUUCUGCAAUCAAGUUCUUCUCUAGGGGCCCGAAGCAGCAUGGGGGGAAUGUUAGGAGCAGCUACAGCUGCGGGGGUGUCACUCGGAGCCGCAAGUGUUGCAGCAAAACAGGCGUUCAGCUCUAGAAAUUCAACUUUAGCAGUUUUGGGUUCAGUUAUUGGUGGUGGCAUUCUGGCAAUGCGAACUGUAGUGCUGAAAGCAACUCUGCCGACAACAUCAGAACUUAUAACGAUCACCCUUGUUGCAGUAGGGGCAUUUGUUCUGGGUGCACCAAAGAGCCCGUUCCACACUCCGGUGAAUCUACAAAGGGGCCUCCUCACGGGGCCACAGCUAAUUAUAGGCAUCGGCAUGGAGACGGUCACCGCAGCAGCAGCACCUAUUGGAGCCGGGGCACUUGGGGCUGCAGCGUUGGGUACUGCAGCUCUGGGGAGACUGGGGACUGUGGGAGUUCUGGUGGCAAUAGUGUUGGCUUUGGGAAGUACUCUUAGCGGUAUGAUAGGAAAAUCACCACCGACAGCAAGGCCACACAGAGACUGAUUGACCCCUGCUGUUGUCUGUUGUGUCUGGACACAAGGCCAAACACUAAAAAGAGACAAUUUGUGCGCUUUUUACAUGUUUGUGCAUGUGGGUAGAGAGAUAUUUUGCAUUACUGCAAAUAUAAAUGUAAUAAUACAAUUAUAAUUUGAGCAAAAAUCUUAAUCAUUAUACGAUUUUUAUUUUUAUUUUUAAAGUGCAUUUGCUUCUUGAACAAACGUGACAAUCGUGUUAUAAACAUGUAUUAUUUUUACAUAAAGUGUUGAAUAAAAUCAAUGACAAUGAUUUGAA